AUAUUGUAUGUGUUAGCCGUUCAGUGGGUAUACGUUGUAGCCUGUAGGGUUCUCUAUACGUCUGCAGUAUCAAUUAACUGGGAAAAAAAAAAACGCCGGCCACGUCAUUCUGCAGUAGCCGCGACCGUGUUAUCUCGUCGCGUAUAGCAUUUUGAGUACAAAAUAUAUCCUCCUCUAUUAUUAUUAUUAUUAUUAUUAUUAAAAUACUCGUCCACAGUUGUCAAGAGUCAAUAGGUUUACGGUACACGUUACAUUUGUUUAUCAUAAGACGUUUUAUUUGUUCACCACCCCUUUUCGCAACCGACCGUUUUUACACAUCCGAAGUUCGUGUUUCCCGAGAAAUAGCCGACUGUUCCUAGACGGCGUCUGAGACCGUUCGGCCCUGUCCCACCAACGACGCAGGGCUAGUGAACACACGUACCUUCUUGUUCGUGUGUGGACCAAUAACGGUUCGUUGCCGUUCGAGUUUUUUGAGACGGUGCCCAACGCCGUCAACAAGAAACCGAAAUGAACAUAUUCAGACUUAGCGGUGACUUGUCACAUCUGCUGGCCAUCCUGCUGUUGCUUGUCAAGAUAUGGAAGACCCGAUCUUGCGCCGGUAUUUCGGGAAAAUCUCAAAUACUCUUUGCAAUUGUUUAUACAACACGAUAUCUAGAUUUAUUCACAAGUUUUGUAUCUGUAUAUAACAGUUUUAUGAAAGUAGUGUUUCUAACAGCGUCAUAUGGAACAUUAUACUUAAUGUUCUUCAAGUUUAAGCCAACAUACGACCAUAACCAUGAUAGCUUUAGAAUUUUGUACUUAAUCAUACCAUCGUUGGUGCUAUCAUUUGUCAUUGUUCAUGUUUAUACUGUGAUGGAAAUUUUGUGGACGUACAGUAUCUAUUUAGAAGCAGUUGCAAUCAUGCCACAAUUAUUUAUGGUAUCUAGAACAGGUGAAGCUGAGACCAUUACUUCUCACUAUUUGUUUGCACUGGGCUCUUACAGAGCAUUAUAUAUAUUGAAUUGGAUUUAUCGUUAUUACACAGAAGAUUUUCUUGAUAUGAUUGUAAUUAUUGCUGGAAUUGUGCAAACCAUCUUAUAUUGUGACUUCUUUUAUCUCUAUAUAACUAAAGUUUUAAAAGGUAAACGACUGUCCUUACCUGUCUAAACAUGGAAGGAAAACCUCAGACCAAAGUGUCAGUAUAAAACAGACUAUUUACACAUUAAUGUCAUGUCAUAUGAAUUUUUUUUGUACAUAAACAAAUAGCUUACAUUUGUUGUAAGAUGUUACAGUAGGUCAUUGGAUACCUUAUAAAUACGAGAUAUAUUUUAUUUUAGUUCUAAACUUAAAUUAUUUGGGAUAAUUAAACCAAAAUAUUAUCAAUUAUGAUAACAAUUUUUCUGUUUUCUAUUUUAUAGCACAAUAUUUUCAUUAUACAAGUAUAUGUAUAUAUUGUAAAUUUAUAUAUAUAUAUAUAUGCUUAUAUUUAUAACCGUAAAUUUAUAUCUUUAAUGAUCCAUAUUAAAAGAAAAGAAAUUCACAUUUUAUUAUUUAUUUAAAUUAUUAAUAUUUUUAUGCAAAUCAAAUGAGGCAAAUGUUUACAAUUUUUUUAUUGUAUAAUCAUAUUUUUUUGUUUAUUUAUUAAACAAAUUCCUUUUUAAUUUAUAAUUAUUAUUAUCAUGUUAUUAAAAUCAUAAAGUUUAAUUAAAUAUAUGUAAUUCCCCAACUGUUAAUAUAUUUGUUAAUGUAAGUUACUGAAUUUAUUAAAAUGAAUUUUGAAAUAUUUGUAAAUAUGUUAUUUUUCCAGACUUAAAAAUAUGUUUUAUAUAAAAACAAUAGAAAUUUAACAAUUCAAAAUAUAAAUAUGAAAAUAUUUAAUAUUCUGUAUACUCAAUAUUCACUACUUAAUUCAGCAGCAACUGAACUUGGCAUUUCUAAAAAAUAAUAUUUCGUGUUAUUGAAUUUUUACUCUACAUUACCUAAUUUACAAUUUUAAUGGUUUUAAUUUAUUUGUGAAGCUUAACAUAUUAGAUUCAAAAUUGAAGAUAUGUAACACUUGUAAGAAAAUAGAAAAUUAAUAACAUAACUGAUAA